AUGUCUCCCCUCAAGAAAUUUGCCCUCGUUACCGGCUGUUCGGCCGGAGGCAUCGGUGCGGGUCUGGCCGAAGUUUUCCGGGAAAAGGGAUAUCACGUUUUCGCAACUCUACGGAACCCAGCAAAACUUCCUGCAAGUCUCAACAAUGUAUCUCAUGUCACGCCCCUGACACUCGACGUGCUGUCCUCGGAAUCCAUCGCCGCCGCAGUCAAGAGUGUGACCAAAGAGACUGGCGGUCGACUUGAUGUCCUCGUCAACAACAGCGGCCAAAACUUCAUCUUGCCCGCCCUGGAUAUCGACAUUGAGAACGGCCGCAAGCUUUUCGACCUCAAUUUCUUCGCUCCGCUGGCAAUGAUCCAGGCCUUCAUUCCUCUAAUCAUUGAGGCCAAGGGCUACAUUGUCAACCAGUCGUCUGCUGCUGGCUAUGUGCCGAUGCCUUUCGGAAGCAUGUACAACAGCUCCAAAGCUGCCUUGACCAUGGCAAGUGGCAUCUGGGCCCGUGAGCUCGAGCCCCUGGGCGUCCGGACCCUGACACUCGUCACAACCAGUGUUAAGACCCCGGCCUUCGACAACAUUCCCAAGCCCAAGAUCCCCGAACAGUCACGUUAUUACGUAAUCCAUGACUACCUUGAGCGCCUCGCCGACGGCCGCCUCCAGGAGGGCGCCCCCGACACGAGGACAUAUGGCCUUAAGGUGGUGGGGGAGAUCACCAAGGGAACGACGGGGGAGAUAUGGGUGGGUAAGGAUGCUGGAAUGAACCGCUGGGCGUCGAAGUGGUUGCCACAGUCGAUAUUUAACAUGGCCCUUGACGGUUUUCUCAAGGUCUCUGGAGAGUUGGCCAAGGUCGCAGAAUUGCAAAAGACCAGGAACGCAUAA